AUGGCGUCGUGGCCACCUGGUUUACGAAUUGGAGCGGAGCCCUCUGCAGCCCUGUCUCAUCCCAUCACCCCGAACACAAGCGAUCCUUUUUUCUUGCAUGAUGCGGACUUUGACCAUGAUUUAGGCAAAGAGGAACUAGACUAUUCAAGAGCCAAGGUCUUGGAGGCCAUGAGCUCUGGAGUUCGAAUCCAGCUCGACGACCCGCUCCCCGUUUUUCUCAGGUUCACAGAUAGCGGCCGCGUCGAAAAUGGCCUCUACCCUCCAGAAUUCUACGAGUAUGCUGACGACCUGCGUACCCCCUGUACGUGGAAAGAGUGUCGGGACGCCAUCGACAGCUUCGAGUGGGGAGGGCCCACCUUGGGGUUACAGCAGGAACAAGUCAAAGCCUAUGGCGAGGAGCAACUCUUGACACCCGCGGUUGAGGAUUCGCAAGCAGAUACUCUGCUGUCGGAUGCCGCAUCGCAAACUCUCCCGCACAGCGCGUCCCCAAGGGUCGACAACACCGAAGCAGAGCUGGCUGUCGACGAAGGGUUCAUACACGCGGGACCAACAACGGGUGCUCUGAUAUCCGAAUCUUCACCGCGGUCUUUGCAUCGCGCAGAGCUAGCUGUUCCGACCCUGCCGUUUCCAGCAGACCCAACACCACUUGAAGCCUCUGAGGAUCGCAUAGAGAGCUCAACGCCACGUAUCGAGGGCCCACCACCGAAGGCCGUCGUUGCCCCAGGAGUAAUCAUCUCUACAAGGUCGCUCGAAGCUGCUGAUUCCCGCGACCCGAUUGCAUAUCAAUCAGUAUCAAGCCCGCUACUUGGCGAUGCGGUCGAGGCAGACUCGAUGCUGCCGCGUGAAACCUCCGCGGAGAAGGCAUCCGGUGUCAAAGACAUACAGGGGACGAUUGAGGGAGACGCGAAGCUGCUCGUGCAGUCCGCUGUUCCGGAGGAAGAAUCCAUCUCUCUGCCACACAUAGCUGACCGGGCCGCUACACCAAGUAACACAGCAGUGGCACAACUCUAUGUUGAUAGGCCAAUCGAAGGACAGAUGCCGAACGACGAAGGAACUCUCGGGGAGGUUCAGCCUCAGACCAAUACUGCUGCUGAUGAAACCGAUGUGAACGACCUUGGCAGUCUUUUCGACUGUAAUGGGGAGGAGCCUGGACAGAUUGAACAGCAACAUGGUCAAGACACCGACGCCAUCCACCCACGCACCGAAACUGCUGAGCCAGUAGACAUACCCGCCCAGGCCUCACCAGCAAAUACACACAUCGCUGCGAACAGCAGCACUGAAAUAAUCUCGACCGAUACACCGAUCCAGCCAUCGUUACACGAUGAGGUCGCAGCCCAAAUACUGGAGCACUUCAACUCGAUGGACCAAGAAAGCCCAUCCGGAACACUGUCGGAGGAGCAUACCAGUGAGCUACAGAACUCGACUGAGGUUCUGGCACUUCCAUCGACUUUAGCUGUGUCAGCGACUGAAUAUGGUUCAAAGGCUUCAGACGAGGCUGAGGUGGACGCCGAGAGUGUUGGCGGUCCUGCCGCAAACGAAGUAUUGCUCGUGGAGUCGGUGCAGGACGAAGCACCAUCUAGCCCUCCUGAGGUCGACCCACAGUUGCUGCAACAUAACGUUGCAGAGCAAGGAAUGUCUACUGAUGUGGGGCUCACGGGGGAUAUUAACAUUAGUGAUGAAAAUCACAAGGUGGAUGCCGACAGCACUGGAGGUUCUACCGCAAACGAAUCAUCGCUCGUGGAGUCGUUGCAGGACAAAUCGCCAUCUGACCCUCCGGGGGUCGACCCACAGUUGCUGCAGCCUGGCCUUCUGGAGCAGAGAUUGUUUACUGGGGUGGGGCUGGCGGAGGAUGUCAAUAUGAGUGGUAGAAACGAUGAGGUGGAUGGCGACAGCAUUGCGGGUUUUGCCGCAGAGGGAUCAUCGCUCGUGCCGUCAUUGCGAGACGAAAUGCCCUCUAGCCCUACUAAGGUUGACCCAGAGUUACCGCAGCAUGACGUUCCAGAGCAGGGAGCGUCCACUGAGGUAUGGCUCACGCAGGACGUCAACAUCAGUGCUAAACACGAUAAGGUGGACGUGGAUGUCCAAAUCGGCUCGAAUAUUGCGUUACAAGACAUUCCUCCAGUACCAUUCUUUCAAAACAAGUCACUCUCUAUGACCCCCAGCAGCGAAGUCGAAGCACCACAGCAGAAGAGUUUUGAGCAAGAAUCGUGCAGCGAAACGAUAAAGGCUGAGCAUUAUCAUAUGGGUGUUCAAGGCGAUGAGAUGGACCUGGCCGUCGGAAGCAACUCUGGUUCUACCUCAAAACAUGCAGACGAGUGGCCGUCAUCACCAGACGAACCGGAGCUUAGCGAUCCCCCAAAGGACACACAGUUGCCGCAGCAGAAAAAUCUCAAGCAAGCGUUACUAUCGUCUGAGGGAAUGGAAACUCCGAAGGAUAACCACGAUGCUGACGAAAUUGGUCCCAUGACUAAAUCUGAAGAGGUCGAAGUAUCCGGUGAAGAGAUCCGCGCUUCAAACUCACCAGAACGCAAGAAACAACGCAGUCCCUUCACGCUCAAGAUCAAGUCCCAGAUCUGGAAUGUUGCACCGCGCGACGGCGCCAACGACGACGCAAGCGCUGUAGAAGAUACAGCUAUGGCAUCGAUACCAACAUCAGGAAAUGCGAUAGCCGAGCUACAGGAACCUGACGAUAUGGUGGACUUUUCCGAGACAGAAUCUUCAGACGGCAGCGGAAGCUCUGCAGAUCUUUCUCCGCCUGAGAAGACGCCCAGUAGACCUUCCGUGUCAGUUGAGGAGUCGCCUAGUUUACCUUCCUUGCCACUUGAGGAUGGAACCCUUGCAGACUCAGAGGAAAGGACACCUCAGCCUUUGCUACUUGGGCUAGAAGAGCAUGCCGCCGCUGCGUCUUCUUCUACAAUAGCACCGUCGAUCCCUACUGCGAUGAACAUUCCUCAACAUGAUCAGAGUUCGCCAUGGGCAGGAACAAUGUUGGAGCAACAGCUCGACUUGCCUCCGUCGCCAUACGAAUCAGAACCAGCCACACGUGCGCUACCUGUCGAGACGUGUGAUCCGGAGUCAGAUGCUUCUCUUGGCGCGAACGCAUCUAUCAAGGUUGGUUUACAGGCAGCACCCGCAGAUGCGCAUCUACCGGUACCAAAGCAGGACACACCGCGUGAAACGCCCGAACCUCGUUCCGUUCCCGCAAACGAUGAGUCAACGGUUUCGUCUGACCUUUCCGACCUCAAUGAGCUGAUCGAGACCAAGUUUGGGCAGAGUACUCCUAAAUCUGUGCCCAGGAAACGAACGCGCCCAGCUACAACCGAAAAAGCAAGGGCUAUUCCUGACGCUACUGUAGAGUAUGAGCCAGAGGAGAGUUCGGGAUCAGACUACGAAGCUCCCACUAGGAAGAAACAAAAAAAUGUGGCCUUUCAGACAUCGAGUAGUGCGUCCCGUAGUAAAGGUAAAACUAAGCUACCUGCACCGUCCAAGGGUCGAAGAGGAAAGAAGGCGACUCAGCAGGUUCUGGAGGAGGAAGUAGUAGACCGGGAAGACACUGAGUCUUCAACGGACGAUGAAGAGGAACAGACCACCUCCACCCAAAAUGGUGCGUCUCCCGCCGCCAAUGAGACUUCUCCAAACCGUCCCGUCUACUGGGCUCUCGAAACUAACUACGGUAAGAGAGUAACACGAGGGGAUGCACAUAAUGGAAGAGUCGGAAACCCUGCUAAUACGACCCCCGUGCAAGGAGCCGUACAAACAGUCGACGAAGAAGAGAUUCUCGUGGAUGCAGAGCCGGAUGGUACCAUCGAUUCUAUAUCGAAGGCUAAAGGGAAGGAUAAAGCAGCAACACCCGCGAAGGUACCAAAGACGCCGAACACCGCCGUCAAGACAACACCGCGGACGACUCGAGCAAAAACAUCGGCUAGAGCAGCUGGGCUGAAGACUCCUAACGCGGGCCCCAGUAACACAUCUGAAGCUGCAACCAAGAGGGGCAAGUUCGGCUUCAAGAUGCCGAACGGUCGCAAGCGCAAGGCCACCGAGGCGGCUGACGAGCCGAUGCAGCCGUCCUCGGCAUCCUCGGGACAGGCCUAUACGCAGCGGCAGACGAGGCAGGCGUCCGCGGCACAGGAGGAGCAGCAGCGACAGAUGGAGAUGGAGACGAAUGUGGCGAAGAGGACGAGGGGCGCAAGGAGGAGUCUGCCAUAG